AUGGAGAGCACUCACGCUACAAUAAACCUCUACGUCCCGGUCAGGGAGAGGAUCUGUGUGAGUCCAUCCCUCUCCCACUGUGGGGCCCCAGCUCCCCCCUUUAAAGCCCCUCCGAAGCACCAAGGAGGACUAACCUCCAACUACAAGGAGGAGGGUCCAGCUGGAGCAGCGAGGCAGGGUCAAGCAGACAAAUUUGUGCUUUCGGAUUUAAAAGAAACUCUCAAUGUGUUGGAUGACUCCUCUGAGUUCUGGCUGACAGAGUUGUUCCCGUUGUGUUUGGAGUGUCAGACUUCAAUGAGCAUGGGCAACCAACAGAGUACCAAGAAUAAGCAGAACCUUUACAGUUACACAGAGAGUCAGGAUGCUUUCCCCAAAUCCCCCAGACUUCAGAUUCCUAGGAAGAGAAGGAGAAGAGUGGAGGGUCUCGUUUGCUCCGGCGGCUUUGAGCACAACCUCAAGAUGACACCCAGGACUCAACCGGCACCUCCCAAGGCGAGUAGGCUGACAAAGCCCGGUAUGAUGAGCUCUCCCACUUUUGGGGUUUGGGACUUCGAGGAAGAUGGGUCGAUCAUGUGCACUCCUGCCGCCCAGAGAAAGAGAGUCAUGGGAAAAGAAAGCGUUUCAUUGUUGGACGAGAGAAACAGGAGUCAACAGGAGUUAAAGCCAACAUGGAGAGUGAAGCUGCCCGAUGCCAUGUCUGCAUCUUUCAACCAAAAAAGAGAGGAUUUUUCUGUGAAGAAAGAAUGUGCCCUCCAUGACUCUGACACAGACCUCUCUGAAUAUGACAAUGAUAUGUACUCUACAUAUAUCUCCCCCACUAUGAAGACAGAAGACAGUACCAGGAAUACUCAAAAAGCCCAGAUCUUAAAGGCAGCAAGAGAUGAAGAUGAGGAAAAGAAGGCAGGAGGUGUAGAGGAGAAGUUCUCUCAAUGGUGGUGCGAGGAGAAGGCUGCAGCACAGCGAGUAAUGGGCAAGAUUGAAGAGGUGGAGGGGAUCAUACGUCGGGUGAGUGUCACCAGUUCGGACUGGAUCAAAGGAGGCAGCGACGGGAGAGAUGAGGCUCAGUUUAUGUCGGAUGGAUGCUUUGGUGAGGCCCAGAACAAAAGGUGCAAUGAAAAUGAGCCUCUGCUGGUUGAGGAGCUUCAAGCUCCGGGUGAAGCUUUAAGUCAGAGUCUACAUCAGGCCCUGAAGAUGGAGGUAGCCAAAGCAGAGAGUGAACCCUUUACAGAGACCAGGAAAACUUCUUAUAUACCAAACAUUGAAGGAUCAACAAGUAGGCCCCAAGACAAACCGUUAUAUUCUCAACACUUCACCUCUACUGAGCCAAAUAAUUCAUCGCCCUCUCUUUCACCUUCGCCGUCUCUGUCUGCACUCCUGGAUGUUUCUCAGAGGACAUCUAGCAGCUUUGAAGGCAUGUCUCCCAUCCUGUCACUUCUAUUCACGUCCAGUCUCUCCAGCCAGGGCUCUCUGCCUCGGAGCGAGACCGACCAGCAGGAAAAAGACAUCUGUGAGCGUAAAAUAAGGUGGAGAAGCUCGGUUGAAGACAGUUUAUUCCCUCAGGGGGCUGCAGACUGCAGUGAGACAGGAAAUGAUCAGAAGAGUAGCAGGAAGAGGGAACAGAAUCAGAUGCAGACGUGCAGAUGCCCCGAUGAGGCUCUGCAGAGACAGGAAAAGAUCUGGCAGCAGGAAGUCGAGGAGUCUCUUUUCUUCUGCAGGUCACUUUCUCAUCCCUCCAGACCGAAACACAUUGACUUCCUGUGCAUCACUGCUCCUGAAGAUGACAUCAUUGAUACACCAACAUCCACGCCUCUCCCACCGGAGUUACAACAAGUGAUCCCUGGCAGUCGUGUUUACCCUCCUUCGGCUCUGGGUGUGGUGCCCCUCCGUCUGUUCUGGGAGGCUUUCUUUGCCCUACGCCUCACGGAUCUCACCAAAGACACCUCACCAAAUAUUCUCAUAACAUCUGCACCCAAUAACCCUCCACCUGGAUCCACCUGCACCAGGGCCACCUUUACCCCAGGCUCCCCGACGGACAAGCAGAUCCAGAUCCCGGCCCUCUUCAGCGGCCUGAGGGUCCUGAGGAAGGGGGUAGUCGGGCCUGAGCACGACACCGUGGCACAGAUCCAACCUCCAUCUCAAGGAACAAGGAGGGACAUUUCCCCCAAGAAACAGGAGGAUUCUAAAGGUCAGGGGAGCUUUCUGGACCAGAUCUCCCAAUUGCUGAACAGGGAAAAAAGAGGGCCCGAGAAUGAGGAGAUUAAGGAAAUGGAGGCUGAGCAAAAUCGGGAUGAGAAUGAGAAGAACCAGAUUGAAGAAAGUCAAGAGGGUGAGCGGAAAGAACUUGAAACAAGGCAGGGUGCGGGGGAUUCAUUUGAGUCUACCAAAACUUCUGUGUCCAGUGCAGAAGCUGCAUUUGAUGCCUUCAAAGCUUUUUUCACCCCAAAGCCUUUGAAAAGGGACCCAACAGAUAAGGUGGACCUGGAUGCAGUGAGGAGGAAGAUAAGAGCGGAUAAAGAUGUGCUUAGAGCGCUUUUUGAGAAAAGAUCCAACAAGACGCCAGAGAAGAAAGACUCAGCUGAUGGCAAAUCAGAAGCAUCCACCCCAGCAGAGGCAGAGGAAAGAACUCCUGGUCGCCUACAAGCCGUCUGGCCGCCACUUAAGGAGGAAAAAGUUGGGCUAAAAUACACAGAAGCAGAGCACCAGGCUGCUCUCCUGCAGCUGAAGAGAGAAUGCAAAGAGGAGCUAGAGAAGUUACAGGAGGACUUAGGUCAGGAACUCUCCAGACUGAGGGUGGAGAACGAGGACAACGUCGCCCGUCUGGCUGAGCUGCAGGCCCAACUCUCCCAGGUUGGGACGCGCCGUCGUGGAGAAUUCAAAGACGUCGCAGUAUCAACGGGAGACGACUUUUUACACAAAUCUUUCCGCACAGUGUGCGUCCAGACCGACCGAGAGACAUUUGUUAAGACUCACGAGGAUGGAGAAGAUUCAGGGAGGGUCUACACCAGCCCUCAGCAGCAGAAGGUGACCCCCAAAAAGCUGGACCUGGCCUCUAUCAGCCUCAGCCUGGCAGGUCAGAGGGACGAUACUUCCUCCUCAACACAUGAAGCUCCACCCCAAACUCUUCCUCCACCUGGAGCCACGCUGCCUCCACCUGAACAACCUCCUGCUCCUUUUCAGGCAACCAAAACAGUCAAUCUGCCACCUCCUCCACCUCCACCUCCACCUCCACCACCACCUCCACCUCCGCUAUGUUUGUCUUCACCCCUAAACCACAUGCAGCCGUCAAAUGGCCCUCCACCACCACCUCCUCCUCCUCCUCCUCCUCCUCCAUCCAUGCCAGGCUUUGCUCCCCCACCACUUCCUGCUCUGUUUGGGGGUCUCAUUGUUGAAACACCUCCCAGGAAACCGACAGUGGAGCUUUCCCGACCCAUGAAGCCUCUUUACUGGACCAGAAUCCAGAUCCAGGACAACAAGAACAAGACACUGUGGAGUAUUUUAGAGGAACCAAAUAUAAAAAACACCAGCGAGUUUGAGGAUCUCUUCGCCAAAGCCACCACACAGACCAAGAGGAAGCCGCUGUCAGAGGCUUAUGAGAAGAAAGCCAAAGCCAGGAAGAUCAUUAAGCUGCUCGAUGGGAAGCGCUCUCAGGCCGUGGGCAUCCUCAUAUCGAGCCUCCACCUGGAGAUGAAAGACAUACAACAAGCUGUACUGGCAGUGGACCACUCUGUAGUGGACCUGGAGACUAUUGAGGCACUGUAUGAAAAUAGAGCGCAGCCAGAGGAACUGGAGAGAAUCAAGAAACACUACGAGACGUCAGAGGAAGAGGAAGUUAAACUCUUGGAUAAACCUGAACAGUUCCUGUAUGAGCUGUCUCAGAUCCCAGACUUUGUAGGCAGAGCUCACUGCAUCAUCUUCCAGUCGGCCUUCAUCGAUGGGAUCGCGUCCAUCCAACGCAAGCUCAACACAGUCUCCUCUGUCUGCAAGGCUCUGCUGGAGAGCGAUGGUGUGACGGAUGUGAUGGGGCUGGUGCUGGCUUUAGGGAACCACAUGAACGGAGGCAACAGGACCAGAGGUCAGGCCGACGGCUUUGGUCUGGACAUUCUGCCUAAACUGAAGGACGUCAAGAGCAGAGACAAUCGUAUCAGCCUGGUGGACUAUGUAGUGUCGUACUACCUGCACAAUGUGGAUGAGAACGCAGGCACAGACAAGAGUAUAUUUCCACUUCCUGAACCUCAGGAUGUCUUCCUGGCUGCACAGGUCAAGUUUGAUGACCUCAACAGAGACCUGAGACAGCUUGGACGAGAUCUGACAAGAUGUGAGAAAGAUGUACAAAACGUUUGCUCUGAUUCUCCUGAAGAAAACCUGCAGCCGUUUAAGGACAAGAUGGAGGCGUUUGUUCUCAGCGCACGAAAGGAACACACAGAAGCUUCGUAUCAGUUGAUGACCGUUCAAAAAAGUUUUCAGGACUUGGUUCUGUACUUUGGACUGAAGCCCAAGAUGGGAGACAAUGAGGUGACCCCCGGUCAUCUCUUCAUGCUCUGGUUUGAGUUUUGUGGCGACUUCAAGGCCAGGUGGAAGAGGGAGAACAAGAACAUCUCUAACGAGAGAUUAAAAGAGGCCCAGCUUACAGUGAAAAGGAUCACAGCAGAGAAGAAGGUGGAGACCAGGAAGAUCAACCCAAACAGCCUAAAAGAGAGGCUGCGUCAGAAAGAAGCAAACAUGUCUUCAACAUGAGAGUCUUUAGAGAAAAUGUGUAUAAAACUGAUCGAUCGGGAUCAUUACAAAUUACAAACAAAUUUGUUGUUUCUUUUA